GAUUGUCUGGAGCGUGACUUUAUUACUCCAAGUGAAAGACUUGUCAUUAGGAAACGUUACUCUCCAAAUAUCUCUAAUAUCAAACCUUUCCAGAAACUGCCCCAAACUUGUAUUCAUGGAAGUGGACUGUUCCGGAGGCCAUCUAUCAGUUAAAUUAUUUGGAGAAGUAUUAAAAACCCCGCCUACUGUAAGUAAAGCAUUAGGGAACUUGGUUAGCCAAUAGAGAAUACGCUUUCCAAAGAUUCAAGUAACUGAUCAUUAUCAAGUUUGGAAUUGUACCCAUACAUGGUGGUGGUAAUAAUAAUGUUACAGUUGAUAACAAGAGAAAGAAAGUGACCAAAAGGGUCACAGUCGAAAAGCACAAUACUUCAUUUGAAAUUAUUCUUUAGCGCGAUAACGCUUGCAGACCGUUCAGAACCAUAAAUCAUUGCCGCACUGAUCUCCAGAAGUUGACAUUGGUAGAAAAUUCUACCAAUGACAUCCAUACAAAACACCUCGCAAAACAUCCCAACUGUAAAGUAUGGUGGAGGGAGCAUCAUGGGUUGGGGCUGCUUUGCUGCACAGCUUUCAUUGACAGAAAAAUAGUUUCUCAAGUUUAUCAAGACAUUUUGCAGUAAAUUGAAGCUCAACAGAUGUUGGGUGAUGUAACAGGACAAUGACCCAAAACACAGAAGUAAAUCAACAACAGAACGGCUUCAACAGAAGAAAAUAUGCCUUCUGGAGUGGCCCAGUUCGAGUCCUGACCUCAACACGAUUUGAGAUGCUGUGGCAUGACCUCAAGAGAGCAGUUCACAACCAGACAUCCCAAGAAUAUUGCUGAACUGAAACAGUUUUGUAAAGAGGAAUGGUCCAAAAUUCCUCCUGAACGUUGUGCAGGUCUGAUCUGCAACUACAGAAAACGUUUGGUUGAGGUUAUUGCUGCCAAAGGAGGGUCAACUAGUUAUUCAAUCCAAGGGUUCACAUACUUUUCCCACCCUGAACUGUGAAUGUUUACAUGGUGUGUUCAACAAAGACUUCAAAACGUAUAAUUGUGUGUUACUCGUUUAAGCAGGUUGUGUUUGUCUGUUGUUGUGACCUAGAUGAAGAUCAGAUCAAAUUUUAUGACCAAUUUAUGCAGAAAUCCAAGUAUUUCCAAAGGGUUCACAUAGUUUUUCUUGCCACUGUACCUACACACACAAACACCUCACUCUGUGAGAAAAAAAACGCCACCUGCUGGAGAAGACAGAUUUUGGGCCGAUUUAUCAUUCUCGCUUCGCCUCUUUCUCUCUAGUCUGACUUGAGAGCUGCUGCGAAAAUGGCGGUGUCUCGUCGCUCAUCGCAGCAACAACAGGGCAACCUGCUAUCUCCGCCACGAAACGGUUCUCUUUCGGUAAGUCCGCCGGGAUCUCCCUCGCUUGAUCUUGUGACAGCGACGUUAGUGCCUCCGGAUGGUGAGCGUGGAUGCAGCACGGGCAUGGAGAAUCCUUCGGCCUCCCCGGAUCUUCAAACCUCGGCCCUCAGCAGUGAGAACAGCACAAGUCCGACCACAACAACCUCCGGCGGGGGGAGUAGUAGUGUCUCGAGCCCGGGUUCAGGAGGCACGACCCCUGGCGACGGUAGUGGGAUCGGUGGAGCUUUCAGGGAGCUAUUUGAGGCCUGUCGGAAUGGAGAUGUGUCCCGGGUGAAGAGACUUGUUGACUCGGUGAAUGUGAAUGCGAAGGACAUGGCCGGACGAAAAUCUACCCCUCUGCAUUUCGCUGCUGGUUUUGGCCGGAAGGAUGUGGUUGACCACCUCUUACAGACUGGAGCUAAUGUGCAUGCCAGAGAUGAUGGUGGCCUCAUCCCCCUGCACAAUGCCUGCUCCUUUGGCCACGCUGAGGUGGUCAGUCUACUGUUGUGCCAAGGUGCAGACCCCAAUGCACGGGACAACUGGAACUACACACCUCUGCAUGAGGCAGCCAUCAAGGGCAAAAUUGACGUGUGCAUCGUGCUUCUCCAGCAUGGCGCUGAUCCCAACAUCCGUAAUACGGAUGGCAAGUCUGCUCUGGAUCUGGCAGACCCCUCCGCCAAGGCUGUGCUCACCGGUGAGUAUAAGAAAGAUGAACUCUUGGAAGCGGCAAGGAGUGGCAAUGAAGAGAAGCUGAUGGCACUAUUGACCCCACUAAAUGUCAACUGCCAUGCCAGUGAUGGCCGCAAGUCAACAUCCCAAAAAAUGCUGUCCACCCCACUGCACUUGGCGGCUGGCUACAACCGAGUCCGUAUCGUCCAGCUACUGUUGCAGCACGGGGCAGACGUCCAUGCCAAGGACAAAGGUGGCCUGGUCCCUCUCCACAACGCCUGCUCCUAUGGACACUUUGAGGUCACAGAGCUUCUGCUCAAGCAUGGAGCGUGUGUGAAUGCCAUGGACCUGUGGCAGUUCACUCCUCUCCAUGAGGCUGCAUCUAAGAACCGUGUGGAGGUGUGUUCGCUGCUGCUGAGUCAUGGUGCCGACCCCACCCUUCUCAACUGCCACAGCAAGAGCGCCGUGGACAUGGCCCCCACCCCCGAACUCAAAGAGAGACUAACCUAUGAGUUUAAAGGUCAUUCACUGCUCCAGGCAGCUCGGGAGGCAGACAUGGCAAAGGUGAAGAAGACCCUGGCUCUGGAGAUCAUAAGCUUCAAACACCCACAGACAAAUGAGACAGCCCUGCACUGUGCCGUUGCCUCCCCUCACCCCAAACGGAAGCAGGUGACAGAGCUGCUGCUGCGUAAAGGUGCCAACAUCAACGAGAAGAACAAAGACUUCAUGACAGCCCUGCAUGUUGCGUCUGAGAGAGCACACAACGACAUCCUAGAGGUGCUGCAGAAACAUGGAGCCAAGGUGAAUGCGGUGGACACACUGGGUCAGACGGCCCUCCACAGGGCAGCCCUGGCGGGCCACAUCCAGACAUGCAGACUACUGCUGAGCUACGGGGCUGACCCUGCCAUCGUCUCCCUGCAGGGCUUCACUGCCUCACAGAUGGGCAACGAGGCCGUGCAGCAGAUCCUCAAUGAAAAUGUUCCAACUCGUAACUCUGACGUGGACUACCGGUUUCUGGAAGCCGCUAAGGCUGGAGAUUUGGACACUGUGCAGCAACUGUGCACUCCUCAGAACGUGAACUGUCGGGAUCUGGAGGGUCGUCACUCCACCCCUCUGCACUUUGCUGCAGGCUACAACCGUGUGGCCGUGGUGGAGGACCUGCUACAUCAUGGAGCUGACGUACACGCUAAAGACAAAGGUGGUCUGGUGCCCCUCCACAACGCCUGCUCCUAUGGUCACUAUGAGGUGGCUGAGCUGCUGGUCAGACACGGGGCAUCGGUGAACGUAGCUGACCUCUGGAAAUUCACCCCUCUCCACGAGGCUGCUGCCAAGGGCAAAUACGAGAUCUGCAAACUGCUGCUCAAGCAUGGAGCAGACCCCACCAAGAAGAACCGUGAUGGUAAUAUGCCUCUGGACAUGGUGAAGGAUGGAGACACGGACAUCCAGGACCUGCUAAGAGGAGACGCUGCCCUGCUGGAUGCUGCUAAAAAGGGCUGUCUGGCUCGCGUCCAGAAACUCUGCAGCCCAGAGAACAUCAAUUGUAGAGACACACAGGGACGCAACUCCACUCCCCUGCACCUUGCAGCUGGCUACAACAACCUGGAGGUGGCGGAGUAUCUCCUGGAGCACGGGGCUGAUGUCAACGCACAGGACAAAGGAGGCCUCAUCCCCCUGCACAACGCUGCCUCCUACGGGCACGUGGACAUUGCUGCCCUCCUGAUAAAGUUCAACACGUGUGUGAAUGCUACAGACAAGUGGGCCUUCACCCCCCUCCAUGAGGCGGCUCAAAAGGGCCGGACCCAGCUGUGUGCGCUCCUGCUGGCCCACGGAGCAGACCCCACCAUGAAGAAUCAGGAGGGACAGACGGCACUGGACCUGGCCACGGCUGAUGACAUCCGGGCCCUGCUGAUGGAUGCCAUGCCCCCAGACGCCCUGCCCAGCUGCUUCAAGCCCCAGGCCACAGUGGUCAGCGCCGGCUCGGUCAUCUCCCCGGCCUCCACGCCCUCCUGCCUGUCUGCAGCAAGCAGCAUCGACAACCUGGCCGGGCCCCUCAACGAGCUGGGGGCCGCAGGGACCUCCGGGGUGGCCGACGGGGCCACGGGCUCCGAUAGGAAGGAGGGAGAAUUGGCAAUGUUGGACAUGAACAUCAGUCAGUUCUUGAAGAGCUUGGGUUUGGAGCAUCUGAGGGACAUCUUUGAGAGAGAACAGAUCUCUCUGGAUGUGCUGGCUGACAUGGGUCAUGAGGAGCUGAAGGAGAUUGGGAUAAACGCCUACGGCCACCGACACAAACUCAUCAAGGGAGUGGAGAGGCUGCUGGGAGGACAACAAGGUGCCAACCCAUACCUAACAUUCCACUGUGCCAACCAGGGCACGGUCCUCAUUGACCUUGCCCCUGAUGACAAGGAGGGACAAUCAGUGGAGGAGGAGAUGCAAAGUACCAUCCGAGAACACAGGGAUGGAGGCAACGCAGGAGGGGUGUUCAGCAGAUACAACAUCAUCAAGAUCCAGAAGGUGGUCAAUAAGAAGCUGCGAGAGCGAUACACACACCGCCAGAAGGAGAUCUCCGAUGAGAACCAUAACCACCACAAUGAGCGCAUGCUCUUCCAUGGUUCUCCAGGUUCUCCGUUCAUAAAUGCCAUCAUCCACAAAGGCUUUGACGAGCGGCAUGCAUACAUCGGAGGGAUGUUUGGAGCAGGGAUCUACUUUGCUGAGAACUCCUCUAAGAGUAACCAGUAUGUGUAUGGCAUCGGGGGUGGCACCGGAUGCCCCACUCACAAAGACCGCUCCUGUUACCUGUGCCACAGGCAGAUGUUAUUCUGCCGUGUGACCCUGGGGAAGUCCUUCCUCCAGUUCAGUGCCAUGAAGAUGGCCCACGCCCCCCCUGGACACCACUCUGUGAUUGGUCGGCCCAGCGUCAACGGCCUGGCCUACGCAGAGUACGUAAUCUACAGAGGGGAGCAGGCCUACCCAGAGUAUCUCAUCACCUAUCAGAUCCUUAAGCCGGAGAGCACAGCCACGUCUGCUGCAGGAGAGGAUCAGAAGUCCUAGUCCUGCGCCACCAGACCAAUCUCUCUCUCUCACACACACACACACACACACACACACAUAUUCUCCUGACCCACAACAUUAUUGUAAUGCCUAAACCUUUUUCAGACUGAGUUCCAUGCUUCUUGUCCAGUAACAGUAAACUGGACAGAUGACAUUAAAUAUAUUGUAAUAUACUGUAAUAUAUUAUGAAAUGUACUGUAAUAUAUUUAUGCAAUAAGGCCCGAGGAGGUGUGGUAUAUGUCCAAUAUACCACAGUUAAGGCCUGUUCUUAAGCACAACGCAACGCAGAGUGCCUGAAUACAGCCCUUAGCCAUGGUAUAUUGGCCAUAUACCACAAACCCAGAGGUGCCUUAUUGCUAUUAUAAACUGGUUACCAACCUAAUUAGAACAGUAAAAAUGAUGUUUUAAUCUUAACUGUGGUAUACGGUCUGAUAUGCCAUGACUUUCAACUAAUCAGGAUUCAGGGCUCAAAAUACCCAGUUUAUAAUUAAGCAGUAAGGCACGAGGGGGUUUGGCAUAUGGCCAAAAUACCUAGGCUAAGGGUUGCUCUUAAGCAUGAUGCAAAGCAGAGUGACUGAAUACAGCCCUUGGCCGUGGUAUAUUUGGCAUAUACCACAAACCCCCAAGGUGCCUUAUUUCUAUUAUAAACUGGUUACCAACCUAAUUAGAGCAGUACAAAUUUGUCAUACCCAUGGUAUAUGGUCUGAUAUACCACGCGUUCAGCCAAUCAGCAUUCGGGGCUCCGAAUCACCCAGUUUAUAAUAUGAAAUUAACUGUCGUAUAUUAUCUCCUGCUUUUGGUGAUAGUCUUUCAGUUUCCUUUGCAUUGGCUGCAUGUAUAGACAGGUGCAUGUAUGGCCAAUAUCGGGUGUGGGUUCCCCACUAGCUACCCUUGGAGAGUGGGUUGUAGAGAUUCACUCUCUCAUCUGCCCUGCAGUGUCAGAAUAAUUGGCUACCAUUCUUACCUAAUCAUGCCUUGUGACUUGGAGAAUCACCUAUUUUCAACCCUGUUGUUCUCAACCAGUCUGUAACCCCUGUAAUACUGCCCCCCGCCCACCAUCCUUACAUGCAUACAUACAUAAUGUAUAGCCGUAGAAUAGUUUGAGAUUUGUGAUUUAUAAUGAUGCAGAUUAUACUAGUACCACAUGGAUUACUCAAUAUUAUUAAUAGGAUUGUUUUUCUUAACUCUUCUUGAAUUGCCUUACUACAUGCCUGAGGUAUAUUCCAGAUAAUGCAAGAGAACCGUAGAAUUAGGAUGAGGAAUUCUAAUUCUAUGAGGAGAACACGCAUGAUUUGGAAGAGAACAGUUAUCUACUCUGACAUAUUAUUUGUUGUACAAGAAAUGUGAACUCCACAACCCGGAUUGCCAUGGUCUUAUUCAUGGACUUCUUUAAAUUCAUGAGUAAAGAUUUGCACUUUUAAAUAGAUACUAUUUAAGUUAUUUGACAUUAAUUGCAAAUGUUAUGGUAAAAAAAAAAAAUGUAUGUACAGGUUGUGUAAAUGGAUGUGUAUAACUGUUUAACAAUGUCAUUUGGAGUUUAUUGUAAAUUAAGUCUAAAUUCCUUUCUGGCCUUGAUUCUCUUUACUUUUUGAAUAAAUGUUGUCCAUGUAAGAGCAGUUUGUUGGA